CAUAACCCUAUUGAGUGUUUUUUAACUAAAUUAACAUGGCUCGAAUGAACCGCCCAGCUCCUGUGGAAGUCACAUACAAGAACAUGAGAUUUCUUAUUACACACAAUCCAACCAAUGCGACCUUAAACAAAUUUAUAGAGGAACUUAAGAAGUAUGGCGUUACAACUAUAGUAAGAGUAUGUGAAGCAACUUACGACACUACUCUUGUGGAGAAAGAAGGCAUCCAUGUUCUUGAUUGGCCUUUUGAUGAUGGUGCACCACCAUCUAACCAGAUUGUUGAUGACUGGUUAAGUCUUGUAAAAAUUAAGUUUCGUGAAGAACCUGGUUGUUGUAUUGCUGUUCAUUGUGUUGCAGGCCUUGGGAGAGCUCCAGUGCUUGUUGCCCUAGCAUUAAUUGAAGGUGGAAUGAAAUAUGAAGAUGCAGUACAGUUCAUAAGACAAAAGCGGCGUGGAGCUUUUAACAGCAAGCAACUUUUGUAUUUGGAGAAGUAUCGUCCUAAAAUGCGGCUGCGCUUCAAAGACUCCAAUGGUCAUAGAAACAACUGUUGCAUUCAAUAAAAGAUCAGGGGUGCCUGAUGUCAUUGGCCUUCGAAGUGGAAUUUGAAACAGGACCUAAUUUGUCAUACAUAUUUGCCAAUAUGUUGGCUUGGUGAUUAAGUCUAAAGAAGCUUCCAUAGGAGUAUUGGAAAGCAGUUUUAUCAGGCCACAAGUUUGACGGAAUUGCAGCCUCUGUGUUUGGGUUACUAUCAACCUAUUUGGACAGUUUGCAAAAGAUUCUUGCUUUACAGCAUUUAAAAUGUGCUUACCACUUGUACCAAUUGACCUUUCCUGAAAUCAUGCAGUAUUGAGUUAUGUCUUUAAAUUUAUUCCCAUGCCAGAAUCUUAUCAAUAUAUAAGAAAUUUAGAAAGAUUAGGUGCCAAAAUAUCCAGCACAAUACUUGUUGUAUAUUUUUAGUAUCAUACAGAACUAAAAUCCCAGGAACUAUGAACACUCUGGACCUUAUGUGGUUUAUUCCUUCAGUCAUUUCAAACAUAGAAAUUAGGGCCUAUAUGGUUAUUUGCCUGCUCACUUUAUGUUUACAUCUCCCACAUUCAUACCAAUAUACAUCAGGUUUGCUCAACUUCUUUUUUCUUUUUUUUUUUUUAAACCAGUCUUACAAGGAUUAUUUCAUGUCUUUCUACAAAUUUCAUUUUGCUCUGUUAUGGAAAACCUCCAUUUUGAAAAUCUAUGUUGUACAGAAGCACAUGUCUUUAAUGUCUCCAGACAAAAAAGCCUUACAGUUAAUUUUAAUGUUUGCACUUUGGGGUGCAACUUACAGGGAGGGCCUGAAAAAAGAACGGGAGGGGGCUAUUAAGUAUUUUUAGUAAAAUGUUGCCUUUGUCUUGUGCAGAACAUGUAGAAUAUGCUCUUUAAUUUAGUAAAUAUUUUUUUAAAAGGUAGAGAUGCUUUGUUAUUGUAGCUAAAACAAUUCUUAAUCAAAAUUUCUGAAAUUCUUGUAAUUUUUUUUCUUAUCUGAAGUUGUUUAUCAACAUAUUUUUGUUUGAAGUGUGAUUUUUUUUUUCUUUUCCCAACCUCUCUUGCAAAAAAAAAAAAAAGUGGGUUUCUGCUAAUGAAUUGAGCAGACAUCUAAUAUUUUAUAUGCCUUUUGAGCUGUGUAACUUAAUAUUUGGAUACUUGAUAAUUUGUUUUAUUAUGUAAUUGAUAAAUGGUGAUGUGUAUUAAUGUUAGUUCAACCAUAUAUUUAUACUGUCUGGGAAUGUGUGGUUGUAGUUCUGUGGGAGAAAUAAUUUGUCAGUGUUCACCAGCUUGUAAAAAUCUAGUGCGAGAGCUUAAACAUCUAAAUAAAUAAUGAAAUGCAUUUAUCAUCA